AUGUUAUGCUCAAUUUCUGGAGAGGCUCCACAGCAUCCUGUGGCAUCGUCAAAGUCAGGCAAUGUCUACGAGAAGCGCUUGAUCGAACAAUAUAUAUCAGAGAAUCAUAAGGAUCCAGUGAACGGAGAGGAGCUUGAAGUUACAGAUCUCAUCGACCUCAAAUCCGCCAGAAUAGUUACUCCUCGACCCCCAACCCUCACCUCGAUUCCCUCUCUCCUCACCACUUUCCAAAACGAAUGGGACGCGUUAGCACUCGAGUCAUUCAAGUUAAGACAACAACUCAAUCAGACGCGACAGGAAUUGACUACAGCGUUAUACCAGCAGGAUGCAGCUAUUCGAGUCAUUGCGAAGCUAACGAGGGAGCGCGACGAGGCGAGAGAUGCGCUGUCAAAGGUCACAGUAGGUGCCGGGGCGAGCAAUGGGGAUGCUAUGCAGAUCGAUAGUCAAGGUCUCCCAGAAGAGCUGGCGGCCAAGGUUGACGCAACUCAAGAGAAACUUUCGAAGAGUCGUCGGAAGCGCCCGGUCCCACAAGGUUGGGCCGACACAGAGGCGGUAGAAAAAUUCAACAUUACAACUGCUUCUAAGCCUCUAUACCCAGGUGCUUCCGCUAUUGCAGUUGAUGAGGCUGGAGAGCUGGUCCUCAGUGGUGGUUCUGAUGGUAUUGCUAGCGUCUACUCGAUUGCCGACAACAAAGUUCAACAAACUCUCGAGGCCGGUGCCGCUAUUACAGAUGCUGUUUGGUAUGGAAGCCAGCCCGUUGUUUCCACUUCUUCGGGGACUGUGAAGGUAUUUGGAGACGGCGAGAUAACUUUCACAUCACACGCCGGCAAGGCCAACGGAUUGGCCUUACAUCCCAGUGGUGAUAUUCUCGCAUCUGUUGGUGUUGACAAGAGUUUCGUGCUAUACGAUCUACAGGCCGGAAAGGCUGUUACCCAAAUCUACACUGAUUCAGAACUCACUACCGCAGCAUUUCACCCUGACGGCCACUUGUUCGCUGCCGGAGGUGCUGACGGCCAGAUUAAGCUCUUCCACGUCAAUACUGGCGAGAACGCUGCGAAUUUCGACCUCGGCGGCUCCGUGCAAGACCUCGCAUUUUCCGAGAACGGCAUCUGGUUCGCUGCCGUCGCUAGGGGAUCCCCCAACGUCGUCAUCUUCGACUUGCGAAAAGAAGGCAAGGCCGCUGAAGCUAAGGUAUUGGAGAUUGGUGGACAGGUUGACAGCCUGAGAUGGGAUUAUAGUGGGGAUUUGGGGCAUCAGACUAACCCUGACACAGCGCAAUUCCUCGCCGCAUCCGGCCCAGGUGGUUUCACGAUCUCGCAAUAUACGAAAGCCAGUAAGAAAUGGGACAAUGUGAUAAGUCUUGCUGUACCUGCCACUGCUGUGGCAUGGGGCCCUGAGGCAAAGACGCUAGUUACGGUCAAUGGAAAGGAUGGAGUUGUCACUGUGCUGGGAUAA